GAGUGUGUAUGUUAGUGUGCCGCCUGGCCUCGUGGUAACUGCGCGCGCUCAGUGUGUGCUCCGCGGAACACCGUAGAAAACUUGUGGUGUGUGUGGCAGUGUGCGCGUUUGUGCCUGUAAUUUUUUUACGUAAAUGGCUCUGCUCAAGGAAAAAUAAUAGAAAGCAGACGAGAAAAUGCAUUGCAAAAGGAAAUAAAAAAAGAGAGAAUUCGAAUAGAGAAUAAGAAGAAUAACAAGAAAAAAAGACUAAUGUGUAUUUACGAAUAGCGAGAAAAUUGGAUAACCGAGUGAAGGUCUUUUGGCCGAAGUGACGUAAGGAUAAUAAGGAUAAAAAAGAAAAAAAGUGUAAAAAGAAGUGGUCAAGGGGUUGUCCUUCCCGCGCCCACUUUGCCCUCUGACGCCCACGCCCGAGAGUGGGUGUGCUGGUUACGACACGCCUACGGGACCCUACCUAGCGUGGGCGUGGUGAAGCUAAGUCUCCUUUCGCCCGAAUCGGGAGAGGAAAUAGAGGAAAUAUUGGAAGAAUUGGGGGGGAAAAAAGGGAGAUAGAGGAAAGGGAACAAGAAAAUAUUCGAGAAAUUGGUGUGUGUUUGUCGGAAAGAAAUAGUGUAGUUCAGAAAAAAAAGUGUUCAGAGGUUAGAGAGAGAUAGAAAGAAGAGAAACAGAAAGAAAGAUCUAAAAAGAAGAAAAAAAGGACAUAGAAACAAGAAAAUCAAAAGAAAACAAAACAAAAAAAGCAAAGAGAGGGGGAAGAACCUCCCCCAAGACGCAGACCCAAAACAAAACAAAAAGAUAAACCCCGGAAACGCGUGGGCUUUCCCCCCCACCCCCCCCGCCAAAUCCGCGUGGAUGAGUGUGGAUUACUCAGGCCGAGUGGCUGGCGUCUCUUACCAGGACUGGGGUUCGCACGCGCCCGCAGACAUGAUUAUGAUCAAGAAGGAGAAGCCGGUCAUGUCGGUGUCGGCCAUUAUCCACGAGUCGCAGCAGCGCCCCUGGGGAACAGGCUUGGAUAUUGGCAUGUCAGGGUCACUGGAUCGGCAGUCACCGCUGAACGUGACUCCAGACACUGCCCCCCUCCUGUCCCCCUCGCCCUCCAGUUACUCCAACACCAAUGGUGGCCCGGCGUCUCCCAGUGUGCCGACCCCAUCCUUCACCAUCGGGUCGAGUGGUAACGUGAUAAACUCGAGUAAUGGGAGCAGCAACCUCAGCACGUCGCCCAGCCAGUACCCCCCGAACCACCCUCUCUCGGGCUCAAAGCACCUCUGCUCAAUUUGUGGCGACCGUGCUUCAGGGAAACACUAUGGCGUCUACAGUUGUGAAGGUUGCAAAGGGUUCUUCAAACGUACAGUGCGUAAAGACCUCACAUAUGCCUGUCGAGAAGAAAGAGGCUGUACGAUUGACAAGAGACAGAGGAACCGCUGCCAGUAUUGCCGUUACCAGAAGUGUUUGUCGAUGGGCAUGAAGCGAGAAGCGGUCCAGGUAGGGGCAGCAGAGGAGGAACGACAGCGGACAAAGGGAGAUAAAGAAGUCGACACAGACUCAGCGCUGGGUGGCGUCAACGACAUGCCCAUUUCACAAAUCCGUGACGCAGAACUCAACUCAGACCCCACAGAUGAUCUGCUGUUUGAAGAAGGGGACGCAGUCAGCCACAUAUGCCAGGCUGCCGACAGACACUUAGUACAGCUGGUUGAAUGGGCAAAGCACAUCCCACACUUCACAGAACUGUCCGUGGAUGACCAAGUGAUACUCCUCAAAGCUGGUUGGAAUGAGUUGCUAAUUGCAUCCUUUUCACACCGAAGCAUGGGAGUCAAAGAUGGCAUUGUCUUGGCUACAGGAUUAGUGGUCCACAGAAGCAGUGCCCAUCAUGCAGGCGUGGGAGACAUUUUCGACCGGGUGUUGUCAGAGCUGGUGGCCAAGAUGAAGGAGAUGAAGAUGGACAAGACAGAGCUGGGAUGCUUGCGUUCCAUCGUCCUUUUCAACCCAGAUGUGAAAGGACUGUCUGCCUGCGAAACCAUUGAGGUUCUACGAGAGAAGGUCUAUGCAACACUAGAGGAGUACACUCGGACCAGCUAUCCCGACCAGCCAGGGCGAUUUGCCAAGUUGCUUCUGCGGCUUCCUGCCCUUAGAUCGAUAGGACUGAAGUGCCUGGAAUAUCUCUUCUUGUUCAAGUUGCUUGGGGAUACGCCACUGGACAACUACCUGAUGAAGAUGCUUAUGGAGAAUCCCAACAGUUCCUCUCCCACAACCUAGAAGAUUUGCAGAGAGCUUUGAGGAUGCGCAUUUGUUUUUUUCACUUUUUCGUAUAGGGAGAAAGCAAGAGACAGAAAAAGAGAGAGAGAGAGAGAGAGAGAGAGAAAACAGUACUUGUGAUUGUCACUGUACUUGCCACACUCAUUUUCUUCUUAUGAUUAUGGAAAGAGAGCUGCUUGCUUGCAGUCUUUGACAAAGAGUGUUAAACGGAAAAAUGUAUUUGCCUGAAAAUUUGGUUCCUUGUUUUCAUUGUCUGGGAUGCGUUGCAAAACUACCUUCAAGUUACAGCAGUGAGAAUGGGAAGAGAUAAGGAAAAGAAAUUAAUCCCGAAAAUCUACAGUCGCAUACAUGCACUCACUCACUCUUUCACUACCUCAUUCAUUAAUUUGUUCAUCCAUGCGCUCACUCAUAAAUUCAUCCAUUCAUCCAUUCAUUCAUCUCUUCAUUCAUUUAUUCAGCCAUUCACAUGUGUGCACAUACAAAAACACAAAAAUACACAAUCAUACAUCUAUACACACUCUGUCAUACUCUGUCACUCCUUCAUACUCAUAUUCGGACAAAGACUCACAGUCGCACUCACAUUUACACACACACUUUUGACGCUGAUGUGAAGAUGGUUGAGAUUACAGUACAUUAGAGAGCGUAGGCUAACAAAAACAGCUGAGUGUACAAAUGUUUCAAGGAAUUGUUUUCGAAGCUCUUUAUUUUUUGGUGUAUUUACAGUUCUGUUGUCAGAAGCAGGCAAAGAAUCUAGUGAUAUAAGUGUACAUGCUGAGCAGUUUUUAUGGUGGCAAAUUCAUAAGUAGAGCAAAAAAAAUGUAUUUUGUUAUUUUGAGAAGUACAUCUUUAUAUGAGUAUUGUAGUUGAAAUUUUAACAGGUUUAGAUUAUUUGCAGUUACCGGUGAAACUAUAGACUUUCUUUUAGUAGUCGUAGAGGUGUCAAAAGAGAGAAAGAAAACAAAAAAUUGCUAAUGCUUCAAGUAAUUACGUAAUGUAAGAUAUUUUUUUAUAAUAAAAGAAAUACAGAUAAGACUUUUUGAUCAUCUGUUGAAAAAAAAAAAAUCUUAGCGGUAGUUUUGUUAAACAAGAGUUUGUUUUUUUUUCUGCAAUUUCAAGUUUAGCAACACGAAAAGAAUAAAGUAAAAAGAAAUUUAGCGUUUUGUUUCUGGAAAUGAUUUUUUGCAGAUGGUAAAAGUACAAAUGGGAAGCUUUCUGUUUUUUUUGUUUUUGUUUUUUUUUUGUAUUUGGUCCUUGCAAUUUUGAACAAUGCAUUUCUGUCAUAGAGUAUAUCCCAUCGUAUAAUGGUUCGUUCAUCAAACUCUCCCUUUAUUUUUGAAAAUUACUCGGAAAAUGUUGUAACAAACUAACCCAAGGUCAAUUUGGGACGUAAGCUUGAUCCUGCUGUUCAGAUAAAUUUGUUUUAACACGUUGCAAUGCCUGUACAUUCAUGGUCUCUUGGCUCUGGCACUCCGUGGCACCAGAAUAAAUUGCGAAUGUUUAGUUGAAGGUGAGAGUCGAGACGGAGGUGCUGUGGUAAGACAGUAGUUUAUUCCCAUGUCAGUAGAAUACUAUCGGGCAGUUAUGGAUUAUUUUGAAAAUGUCGGAAAGAUAAAUGUGGUUCUUGUUUUCCUCUUCACAACCCAUUCAAAAGUAAUUGAAUAAAUAUGCUAUUAUAAGUGUUUGAGAUGUAUUGUUCAUAAAUGUCAAACUAUAAGUUCGUUUGCUUGUUAACUAAGCUUGCAUGCUUAAGUACAAUCAUCUCAGUGUAACUGUGUAUAUAGAGUAUCAUUGUUUCACAUUUCAUUUCAUAUAUAUAUCACUAAAAAGGAAAAAAAGUUUCUACCGAUGAAAAACUCCAGUCCUAUUUUUUUUCUUUCUUUCUUUCUUUUUUCUUUCAUUCUUUCCCUCGAACUGAUUAUUAUUCGUGCAAUUGUGUGGAUGUGACUUGCAGUUUAUCAGGUUGCACAUUUUUGCCAUUUUUUUUUUUGUCUGUUGAGGUCAGAUCCAUUUUUCUUUUUUUUUUUUUCUUUUUUUUUUUUUUUUUUACAUGUAGGCAAGUCACAUAGUUGUACUUUGUAUGUAUAUUUCUUUCCUCGUGGUAGCUGUGUUCCUUGAAUUGAUGUAUAUGUUAAGACUUCAAGGGUCAAAGGAACCUUUUUUUUUUUUCUUUUCUUUUUUUUUCUUAAUCAUCUGUAAGAGAAAGAAUUGUCUGUAAAUAUUCAAAUGUUAACAUUAAGUUGUCUUUAUGCACAAAUGCAGAUAUCUGGCCCUUGAAUAACCUGGUAUUCAACUGGUAUACAGUAUUUAUUGUUCUGAAAAGCUGUGUAAAAAUGCAAUUUUUUUUUUUCUUUUUUUCUUUUUUCCCCUCUAUUCUUGUCAUCACUGAGGCGGCUUAAUAUUUAAUUAUUCUAAAGGUGAUGAUUAAUUAUAUUAUAUAUAUAUAUAUAUAUAUAUAUAUAUAUAUAUAUAUAUAUAUAUAUAUAUAUAUAUAUAUAUAUAUAUAUAUAUAAUAGUUUUUUUCCUUUUUUUUUCUCUUUUUUCAUCUCCACAAAUGAAUGGUUGUGAAGUUUCUGCCUUGAGCUCCUCAAAGCAGUUGCUAGUUUAGCCUGAGUAGCACAGAUUUGCUCUUUGUAAAAUAAAUCAUUUUUAUGGAAUCACUUGUUACUGUAGCAUUUACAUGUAAUUAAUCAUAUGUUUUGGUUCCUGUAGUUCAAAGUUUGACAUAGGAAUGUUUGAAUGUCCUUUGAUGUCUCUGUUUGGAAUAUAUUUAAGAAUACCAGAGUUGCUCUCCUGUUGCUAAAAAGGCAUAAUAAACAGAAAGUAACUGUUAAAGCCAUUAUUAUUUUUAUCUUAAGCUUGUAUAGUUUGUCAUGUUCUUAAUAAUUUACUGUGCUAGGAUUUCCAAUACUUUUUUUCCUGAUAUUCUUCUCUUUUAAGAUAUAAUUAUGCUUAAUGUAAUGUAUAUUACUUAUUCUACUGUGGUGAUAGGAAUGUGUAGAAGUCUUUUUUUUUUUUCUUUCUUUCUUUUUUUCUUUUUCUUUUUAUUAGAGUAUUUAGUGAUUUUACACUUUUGUAACUAUACAUUUUUGGUUUUAUUUUGAGUGUGAACUUCGAAGCCCAGUGCUCAAGAUUAACGAUACAGCAAGCCCAGACUCCUUUUCCUAUAAAAAAAAAAGGUUAAUCAUUUGCAUAGAUGUUUGCAAAAUUUUAAAAACUCAAAAAAAUUAAAAAUAAAUAAAUAAAUAAAGAAGAAAUAAGGUAGCUGUGGGCAUCUAUGAUAAAUUACAAAUAAAUAAAAUAAAACUUCAAAAAAAAAAAAAAAAAAAAAGCAGGAUAUGUUUUUUUGUAAAUAGUAUUAUCUUUUUAAGUGUUGUUGUUAUAAAGCUGGAGACUAUAUGUGUAUAUGAAUAACAAUUACCCUUGCAAUUUCAGGAUAAGGGUUAUGCAUAACUUUACUGCAGUGCUUGACAGUAUACAAUAUUUAAAAAAUAAAAAAAAACACAAAAAAAAAUGAUAAAGUUAAAAAAAUUUAAGUAAACCAUACCAAGAAGCUCGUUAUCCUCUGCCUCAUCAGGUAUUGAAAUGUGGUUGAUAACUUUGUCCAAUCCAGUUUUUUGCCUACUGAAAGGUACGUUAAAAUAAAAGCAUUUAGUGCUGGUA